AUGGCGAGUGUGGAGGAGUUUAUCCGAGCGCCAUCAGAGGAGCUUCUGGAUGGAUGCUCACGGGAACAGUUGAUCCGGAUUGCUGAGCAUUAUAGUGUGGAGGUCGGCGAUAAAAGGAUGAAAGAGAACAUCAAGGGGAUUCUUAAGGUCAAUCUGUCUGAUCAGGGUGUUUUUGGGCUUUGUAGGUAUGCUGUUGGUCCUGUGUUGGAAGACGUGAAGGAGUCUAGCGACAGUGAAACUGGUCUGAGUUUCGAACAAAGACGAGAGCUGUUGCUCCUGCAGACGGAGAGGGAGAAGUUGGCAGUGGAGAGGCUGAGGACGGAGGUAGAAAUAAAACGAUUACAGAUAGAGGAGCGUCGGUUAAGUUUACCUGCUGCAGGUGGCGGCCGAGCCUCUGACGUUUCUGAUAGGGCUUCUUCAUUUGAUAUUGCCAGUAGUUUGCGGUUGGUUCCACAAUUUAAUGAUCGAGACCCGGAUACGUUUUUUGUACUGUUUGAGCGUGUAGCUGAGAGGAGAGGCUGGGCUGAGGCGGAUCAGACCUUGCUAUUGCAGUGUGUUUUAACGGGUAAGGCACAGGAGGCGUACUCUGCUCUGAGCGUUGCAGAGAGUAGGGUCUACUCAGCGGUUAAGUCGGUUGUUUUGAAGGCGUAUGAGUUGGUCCCUGAGACUUAUCGCCAGAGGUUCAGGUCUUGGGAGAGGUCUGGCGAGCAGAGUCAUUUGGAGUUUGCCAGGGACCUGGUCACUUUGUUUAGCCGGUGGUGUACAGCUUUGCAUGUUGACACGUAUGAUGCCUUGUGUGAGUUGGUCGUGUUGGAGCAGUUUAAAAAUUCUCUACCCAGCCACAUUGCUGUGUACAUCAGCGAACGUAAGGUGAGUACUGCUGCGGAGGCCGCUGCGCUGGCUGAUGAGUAUGUGCUGACGCACAGGGGGGACAGAGACUUCCGGGGCCAGGUGCAUGGGGGUAGGUAUUAUGUGCCAGGUAGAUGGGGGGAAGAGAAUCAUGCACGCUUUGGUAAACCUGAGCGAGACAACCGAGGGCAGUCCCAGUUGGACUCGUCAACAGUGUGUCAUUUUUGUAAGGGUAGAGGGCACUGGAAAGCAGAGUGCCCGAAAGCUAACGCUAAGAGGGGGAGUGGCAGUGGGCCAGGGAAUUCAGCUGUCUGUGCUGUUGCUGUGGAACCUGUUUCUGUUUUUCCCCAUCAGCAGGUCGAGUUUGGAGAGUCAUGCCGGUUGGAGGAGCCUGGUUUCUCCGCCUUCGUGUCGGACGGCAGGGUGUCUCUCCCAGGAGGUAGCGGUAGCGUGCCGGUGAAGAUUUUGAGAGACACGGCAGCACAUGAUUCAUACAUUCUGAGCUCUGUUUUGCCUUUUUCUAAUGGCUCGGACACAGGUGAUGUGAUCUUGAUGCGGGGUAUGGGGUUAGGGGUUGUGCCUGUACCGCUGCAUACUGUUGUCAUUAACUGUGGGUUGGUGCAGGGUGAAGUUGCCAUGGGGGUGCGUCCUGCACUGCCAAUUGAGGGAGUGGACGUCAUUCUUGGUAACGGCCUGGCUGGCAGCCGUGUGUGGGCGGAGGUUCCACCGCCUCCUAUCGUGUCGUCUACGCCCACUAUGUCUGGUAAUCCGGAUGUGAAUUCUUUAUGUUUCCCAGAGGUGUUCACAGCUUGUGCUGUGACGCGGGCUAUGAGCCAUGCACAGGGCGAGACAGAGCAGGAGGAAGAGGUGAGCGGGGCGGAUUCGGUUCUUGUUCCUGACACGUUGUUGUCUGUAUCUCACGGGGACCUAGCGGCUGAGCAGAGAGCUGAUCCCUCUCUGAGGCAGUUGUUCGAUGCGGUUCUCUGCCCUGAGGAGGGCAGCAGUGCAGCCGGAGGUUACGUGCUGCAGGGGGAGCUGCUGGUGAGGAAAUGGUUGGCACAUGGGGAAGAUUUCGUUGGAGAGCCUGUGUUUCAAGUUGUGGUUCCUGAGAAGUUUCGGGGGGAGGUCCUGAAGACAUCACAUGACCAGUCAGGGCAUCUUGGUGUCCGCAAGACAUACAAUUAUAUCUUGCGGUAUUUCUUUUGGCCUCGUAUGAAGAGGGAUGUGUCCCAGUAUAUUAAAUCUUGUCCCACAUGUCAACUUGCAGGUAAGCCCAAUCAGUGCAUAAAACCGGCUCCACUGUGUCCCAUUCCGGCAAUAGCCCAGCCAUUCGAGCACUUGGUUAUUGACUGUGUUGGCCCCUUGCCUCCAUCUAGGUCAGGUUGUAAGUACUUGCUUACGGUGAUGUGUCAGCGGACCAGGUAUCCAGCUGCAUAUCCCCUGCGUUCCAUCACCACGAAAGCUGUAGUGAAAGCCCUUACAAGGUUCAUUUCGAUUUUCGGUAUUCCGAAGGUGAUCCAGAGUGACCAGGGUUCCAAUUUUUCGUCUAAGCUAUUUGCGCAGGUGUUGAGGCAGUUGGACGUGCGUCAUGACCAGUCUUCGGCGUACCACGCUCAGAGCCAAGGCGUUUUGGAGAGGUUCCACCAGACGUUGAAGUCUAUGCUGCGUAAAUAUUGUGUAGAGCUGAAUCAGGACUGGGAGGAGGGGCUGCCGUGGCUUCUGUUGGCUGCUCGUGAAGUGAUACAGGAAAGCACCGGUUUUAGCCCGAAUGAGCUCGUUUUUGGCCACGCCGUUCGGGGUCCGCUUGCUCUGUUGCGUGACCCGGUUGCCCCUGCGGAACCUCCAGGCGAUCUGCGAGAGUAUGUUGACGGGUUUAGGCAUCGGUUAUACUCUGCGGGGUUGAUGGCUCAAUCGAACUUGUCGUCUGCGCAGGGGAAGAUGAAACGUCUGUAUGACCGGAGGUGUGAGCAGCGUGAGUUUCGUUCGGGGGAUCAGGUCCUGGCCUUAUUGCCCAUUGUGAGUUCACCGUUUCAAGCUAGGUUUACUGGCCCCUUUACUGUGUUGCGCCAGGUGUCUAGUCAGAAUUAUGUGUUGUCCACGCCAGCGCGCAGGAAAGCGACUCAACUCUGCCACGUGAACCUUUUAAAACCUUACUAUGCUCGGGAGUCUGGACCUCUUUCAGCAUCGGCGGCGGUGGGGGGUCCGGUCUGUGCGGGUGAGGAUGAUGGGGUGACAGCACCCGACGAAUGUUUGCUGCGUGGUCGGCUGAGGAACUCGGAGACCUUGCGCAGUCUUGACUCUCUGCUUGGUCAUUUGUCCGCGGGAAGACGGGCCGAGGUGUCUGCUCUUCUGCGAGAUUAUCCUUGUUUGUUUGGGGAUACGCCGGGUCGAACACAUUUGAUAGAGCAUGACAUAGAUGUUGGCAGCGCACAGCCUAUCCGUCAGCGUUUUUACCGUGUGUCUGAUGAGAAGCGCAGGAUAGUGGACGCAGAGAUUCAGUAUAUGCUUGAUAACAGCAUUGCAGGACACUCUAAUUCAAGUUGGGCUUCACCUUGUUUGUUGGUUGAAAAGUCUGACAAGAGUCCCAGGUUUUGCACUGACUAUCGCAAGGUAAAUGCGGUUACCAAACCUGAUGCUUUUCCGUUGCCGCGGAUUGAGGACUGUGUUGACCAGGUUGGUUCCGCAAAGUUUGUCAGUAAGUUUGAUCUUCUUAAGGGGUACUGGCAGGUUCCUCUGUCCCCGAGGGCGAAGGAGAUCUCGGCUUUCAUUACGCCCUCUGGGUUGUUCUCCUAUGAGGUGAUGAGUUUUGGUCUUCGGAAUGCGCCCGCAACUUUCCAGCGUCUCAUGAACAUGGUGGUGGUAGGGUUGGAAGGUUGUGCAGUUUACUUAGAUGAUGUGGUGGUUUAUAGCCAUACAUGGGAUGAACAUUUGGCUCGGAUCAAGGCACUUUUUGACCGUUUGAGUGGGGCAGGUCUGACCAUUAACUUGGCGAAGUGUGAGUUUGCCAAGGCCACUGUCACGUACCUCGGCAAGGUCGUGGGUCAGGGAGAAGUGUGUGCUGUUCAAGCGAAGCUCCGCGCAUGGAUCAGCCGUUCAGCCUGCAUGUGGAUGCGAGUGAUGUGGGGACGGGAGCGGUGCUGUUCCAGGCCGGCCUAGAUGGUAUCGAUCGUCCUGUGAGUUUUUUCUCUAAGAAAUUUAAUCAAUUUCAGUUGAACUACUCUGUGAUUGAGAAGGAGACCCUGGCGCUGAUCUGGGCUCUGCA